CUAGAACUGACAGUGACACUGACAAGUGGCAUUAUUUGAAAAAUUGCUUUUGCUUUGGCUGUGCGCUUUUGUUCCAACAAAUAAUUUUAUUUACAUCGUGAUUAUUGUAUUUUUGGUGUUGAAAUAAACUGUUCUAGUUUCCGUUAAGCAGUGCUGGUGAUAUAUCGUUUUUGUGAUCCACGUGUAUCGUUUGAUUGUGUUUUUGGGAUCAGCUGACAUCCGAUAUUUUUCCGAUUGGGAUACGAUGACGUAACCAACAGUGCCAAUCUACAAAUAAGUGUUACUUACAUUCGUACUUAAAUAAGUUUUAACAUGGACCCAGGGUACUUCGAUAUAGACAGGAAGCAGAAUCCUAGGGAGACGGCCAAUCUCAUAUCGAAAUCAUGUUUUUGGUACACAAGGCCACUGUUCGUGAAAGGUCGCAAAGGUCAACUGAGCAUAUCAGAUGUAUACAGAUGUACGCCAGGGCACAGGGCGGCACCUCGAGGAGACGCGCUGGCCGAGAAAUGGAAACAAGAGCUGGAUAGCCGGGAAAAAGGCAAGAAUCCGUCCCUACUGCGUGCUAUUAUUAAGAUAUACGGUCUCAAAUUUAUAAUAGGAAAUAUAUUGUUCGCCAUUGUAGACGCUAGCAUAAGGCUAUCCAUUCCAAUGUGUCUCGAGGGCUUAAUAAACUAUUUUUCACCGAACCACGCCGGCGUCAGCACCACUCUGGCGUACUUUUAUGCGGCGGGCGUAGUAGGUUUUAUGGCGAUAAAUGCAAGUAUGAUGCAUCCUAUGUUGCUGUGGCUGUUGGACAUGGCUAUGAAAAUAAGGGUUGCUUGUUGCUCCCUCAUCUACAGGAAGCUCCUUCGAUUAGAAACCAGCGAGAGCGGUCUCUCCGGCCGAGUACUAACUCUCCUAACCGCCGACGCGCCACGAUUCGACAUGGCCUGUCUGUUCAUGGUGGACCUUGUUCGAACACCCAUAGAAAGCCUACUUAUUGUGUACUUAAUGUACAGGCAGAUUGGUGUGGCUACAUUAGUUGGAGUGGCGUUUCUGCUUAUGUUCAUACCUUUACAAGGUUACCUGGGCAAAAUAUCCAGUAAACUACGUCGGAAAACUGCCAUGCGGACCGACAACAGAAUCAGACUUAUGAACGAGGUCAUACAGAGUAUAGAAGCUAUCAAGAUGUAUGCUUGGGAGAACGCGUUCGCUAGGAUCAUAGGAGAGGCUAGGAAAAAAGAAAUGAACAUAAUAAAAAAGAUGUCCUGGCUGCGCGCAGUCAUGAUAUCCUGCGUCAAACUCAACACCAAAGUCGCCAUAUUUCUCUCCAUAAUCUCAUUCCUAUCAUUCGACAACGAGUUAACCGCCGCCAAAGUUUUCGUCAUAUUCUCCUACUACGAGAUACUGAAGUAUACUUUAGUGGAUUUCCUGCCUCUUGCUAUCACUUUCACUCUCGAGGCGUACGUGAGUGUGAAGAGGAUGCAGGAGUUUUUGUUGUUGCCGGAGGUGGAUAAUAAGGAUGGGGUGGAUUUGAUGGUGAUUGAUGAGAAGGUGAAGGUUAAUGGGGUUUUUGAGAAGAUUGGUAAUGGGCAACAAGCCUACAUAAAAUCGGACACGAACCUCGAGAAGCUAGCGAAGCCACAAGUCCUUGUGGCCCUGAAGAACUACACGGCGUAUUGGAAAAACGCCGAGUCGGGUGACAGCGGGGACAAUAUGGACAGGAAAACGCUCGCGCUCAGCGAUAUCAAUCUAGUUAUAAAACCCGAGACCCUAACCACCAUAGUAGGUACAGUCGGCUCCGGCAAGUCCACGAUACUGCAAGCCAUACUGCGCGAGCUGCAACCGAGUCAAGGGCACUUGGAGGUCACGGGCACGGUGGCGUACGCCGCGCAGGACCCUUGGCUCUUCGAGGCUUCUGUCCGUCAAAACAUCCUGUUCGGCCAAGAGAUGGACCUCAGGAGAUACAAGCAAGUCAUCAAGUGCUGCCAGCUAAAGAGCGACCUGGAGAUACUGUCUCACGGAGACAAGACCAUCGUCGGCGAACGAGGGGCUUCACUAUCCGGCGGACAGCGAGCUCGCAUAUCGCUGGCGAGAUGUGUGUACCAACACGCCGACGUGUACCUACUGGACGACCCGCUAGCCGCUGUCGAUGCUAAGGUAGCCCAGGCUAUGUACGAGGAAUGCAUUCGCGGGUUCCUGAAGCACUCGGCAGUAGUGCUGGUCACACACCACGCGCACUACGCGCGGCACGCGGACAACGUAUGCGUCAUGCGUUCCGGGAAGAUUGUAGCACAAGGCACCUACCACGAACUGCAGAACGGCGUGCAAGAGUUCAACGCCCUCAUCGAGAUGGGGGAAAAGAUAGAAGAGAAGAAACAGAAAGAGAAGAUAGUAUACGAGAACCAGGACAGCGUGGAACACAGUCACAAACUGCGAUCUCAGCGUUCCAUGUCGGAGGCGUCACAGCUGUCCUUCAACCUCGAUUUGGACAGCAAUUUGGACCCGACAUACGAAGGAGAAACCCAGCAUAAAGGGUCCGUGGAUAACGGCGUCUACGUAGCGUAUAUAAAGAGUGGGGGCACCAAGUGGUCAAUGACCCUGAUGUUCACAUGUUUUCUACUCGCACAAGUGUUCUACUCCUCUACUGACAUAUGGCUUAAGGAAUGGGUGAAUAUGGAAGAGGCUAACAGCGCAGCGGUGCGGGCCGCCAAGAACCAAACACCAACUUUACCUGCCCCGGAAUUCACCGAAGUGUCUGGCAACAUGUUCCACCUGACCCGCAACCAGUGUGUGUACGUGUACGCGAGCCUCAUCGGAAUCUGCAUAUUCUUUACUUGGAAUAAGCUGGUGCUAUUCUAUAACACGUGUAUACGGGCGUCCAUCACACUGCACGACACUAUGUUCAGGGGAGUGACCAACGCGCCGAUGUGGUUCUUCCACCAUAACCCAUCCGGGCGCAUCCUGAAUCGAUUCUCGAAAGACAUGGGGCAAGUUGACACACUGCUGCCGGUCGCUUUGGUCGACUGCCUUGGGUUCUUCCUUGAAGUGGUAUCGAUCCUCGUGGUGGUGUGCCUGGUGAACUGGUGGCUGUUGCUGCCGACGGGUGUGGUGGCUGCGCUGCUGUUCCUGCUGCGGAGCCUGUUCCUCAGCACCAGCCGGGAGCUCAAGAGGAUAGAGGCUAUAGCUCGGAGCCAAUCUUUGAACCACACAACGGCCACGGUCGGUGGUCUGGCCACCAUUAGGUCUACGAAGGAGACCCAGGUCACCCUAGCGAGAGAAUUCGACAAGUUACAGGACCUCCACAGUUCCUCGUGGACCCUGGUCCUGAACACGAACAGAGCCUUCGGUUUCUGGAUGGACAUGGUUUGCUGCCUCUACCUCGCGUUCGUCACGUUCAGCUUCUUUCUGUUUAGCGAAGACACGAUCGGAGGCAAUGUCGGUCUGGCCAUAACGCAGGUCAUAGGUCUAGUGGGCAUGUGCCAGUACGGCAUGCGGCAGACUGCUGAAGUGGAGAACCAGAUGACAUCCGUGGAAAGAAUGUUAGAAUAUACGAACCUACAACCAGAGAAACCAGUGGAUGUGGACACGAAAGCUCUGAAGACCAACCAUCCGACCUUAAACUUCGAGCAAUGGCCUGAAAAAGGUGAAAUCGUCUUCGAGGACGUAUCCCUAGAAUACGAGAAACCCCCCAAAAAGGAGGAACUCCAAAAAUCCCAAAAGCUUCAUAAAAAGGACAAAGAUGUCGAGGCCCCCAAAGUGGUCGAGGCCAAAGAACUCCCCGCGUAUGCUAUAAAGGGAGUCAGUUUCGUUGUAAGGCCCGCUGAGAAGGUGGCUGUCGUUGGGAGGACUGGGGCUGGCAAAAGCUCACUCAUACAGGCCUUAUUCAGGUUAGGUAAAACGUCAGGCCGGAUCUCGGUAGAUGGCGUGACGCCCGAGGAGGCGGGGCUCCGCGCGUGGCGGCGGCGCCUCGUGGCGCUCCCGCAGCGGCCCGCGCUGUUCGCCGGCCCGCUGCGGGACAACCUCGACCCGCAGCACAUAUACACUGACGCUGAGAUAUACAACGCGUUACAUGAGGUGGAACUGACAGAGAUGAUAAGCAACAUGCCGGCGGGGCUGUCGACCAUGGUGGGCGACGGCGGAGGCAACUUCUCGGCGGGGCAGCGGCAGCUGGUGUGCCUCGCGCGCGCCGCGCUGGCGCGCUGCCGCGUGCUCGUGCUCGACGAGGCAACUGCCAACGUGGAUACCGAAACCGACAAGCAUAUCCAGACCACGAUUCGGAGCAAGUUCGCGCACUCCACCGUGCUGACCAUCGCGCACAGACUCAACACCGUCAUGGACUACGACAGAGUCAUCGUCAUGGACCGAGGGCGCGUAGUGGAAUCCGGUCAUCCGUUCGAGCUGCUGACCCAGCAGGGCCGAGACGCGCCGCGCCGGUCAGCGCUGCUGUCCAAGAGCCAGGCUCCUUUAGCGAUCCCGGAAAACUUCACAUUCGACCCGUCCGCCGAAAGAGACCUCGACCAGAACGAGACGCUCAUCGUGUCGCGCGACAGGACAAGGACAUACUCUAACAGGUCUGAAGUGAGCGACGUGGACGUAGGUAUUUUCAAGACGCUGGUGGAACAGACGGGCCGGGACACAGCCGCCAUGUUGCAUCAGAUGGCAGAAGAGAGCUACAACAAAAUGCUGGCAAGGAAGAGCAAAGUUGAAUAAAUGGUACUAAUCGCUAUA